AUGUCGAGCCCUCGACCAAAAACUGCUCCAAGCAAUCGAGCUACCCACCAUUAUAGCGCCAAGCAUGCUCAAACCAAGGAGAAUAUUGAGAUUUUAUGUUGUUGCCCUAGCUGUGCCGUACCUAGAGGUUGGGGUGGAGCAGGCAGUGAUCAUAGGUGCAUCGCACUCAUCAAUCACCUACCUCAAUAUAGGCGGGCAGGAGAGCAAGAGUUCAUCGGUCCCAUUUGCGGCCUUGACCUCACUCUAGACAGGGAGUAG